GUGACCAAUUCAAAGUACUGGGCUGGAAUCCUGACUCCUCCAGCCCCUUCCUUCAUUUCCCGCCCCCUAGCUGGGUGACAGCCACCAGAGUAAAAGAACUGCAACGUAAGCGGUGAUUUGAGAGAAAGACCACACCCACGGGAGUAGGGAGUCAGCUCUCGGGAGGAAAAUCUUAUUGGCAUCGAGGAGGCAGAGAGCCAGCCCCUGGGCGCGGCCUGCAAGGGGGCCGGUGAUAGCUGAGGAAAGCGGGGGCAGGACCAGGCCAGAGCUGGUGCCCGCUCAGCAGCCACCGGCAGUCGCCGGAGCUCUAGCCGCGCCUCCACCCGGUGCGCCCUUCUUGGCCCGCGGACCCUGCGCUGCGCUCAGUCGCCAAUAUGUGUGCCGCCGGGAUGUCACCCCUGGCGCACAUCUUCCGAGGGACGUUCGUCCACUCCACUUGGACCUGCCCCAUGGAGGUGCUGAGGGAUCACCUCCUCGGUGUGAGCGACAGCGGCAAAAUAGUGUUUUUAGAAGAAGCAUCUCAACAAGAAAAGCUGGCCAAAGAAUGGUCCUUCAAGCCAUGUGAUAUCAGAGAACUGAGCCGCCAUGAAUUCUUCAUGCCUGGACUGGUUGAUACACAUAUCCAUGCCCCUCAGUAUUACUUUGCUGGGAGUCAUAUGGACCUGCAGCUUCUGGAGUGGCUGACCAAAUACACGUUUCCUACGGAACUCAAAUUCAAGAGCAAUGAUUUUGCAGAAGAAGUAUACACUAGAGUUGUUAGGAGAACGCUGAAGAAUGGAACAACCACAGCUUGCUACUUUGCAACAAUUUACACUGACUCAUCUCUGCUCCUUGCGGAAAUUACAGAUAAAUUUGGGCAGCGGGCAUUUGUGGGCAAAGUCAGCAUGGAUAUGAAUGACACUUUUCCAGAAUAUAAGGAAACCACUGAGGAAUCAAUUGAGGAAACAGAGAGAUUUGUGUCAGAAAUGCUCCAAAAGAAUUAUCCUAGAGUGAAGCCCAUAGUGACACCACGUUUUGGCCUUUCCUGCUCUGAGAGGUUGAUGAGUGAACUUGGAAAAAUUGCAGAGACCCACGAUUUGCACAUUCAGAGCCAUAUAAGUGAAAGUCUUGAUGAAGUCAAAGCUGUGGAAAACUUAUACCCCAAUUAUAAAAACUAUACAGAUGUGUAUGAUAAAAACGGUCUCCUGACAAAUAAGACAGUGAUGGCACAUGGCUGCUACCUUUCUGCAGAAGAACUGGAUGUAUUCAAAGAAAGAGGAGCAUCGAUCGCAUUUUGUCCCAAUUCUAACAUAUCCCUCCGCAGUGGCUUUCUCGAUGCAGUGGAAGUGCUGGACCAUGAAGUGAAAUUAGGGCUGGGUACAGAUGUUGCUGGUGGUUAUUCAUCUUCCAUGCUCAAUGCAAUCAGAACGGCAAUGAUGAAUUCCAAUGUCCUUUUAAUUAAUGAGGUAAAUGCAAAGGGCCUCACCAUUGAAGAAGUAUUCAGACUAGCUACUCUUGGAGGCAGCCAAGCCCUGGGGCUGGAUAAAGACAUUGGAAACUUUGAAGUGGGCAAGGAAUUUGAUGCCCUCUUGAUCAACCCCAAAGCAUCUGACUCUCCCAUUGAUCUGUUUUGUGGGGAUUUAGUUGGUGAUGUUUCUGGGGCUAUUAUCCAGAAGUUUCUCUAUCUAGGAGAUGACCGAAAUAUUGAAGAGGUUUAUGUGGGCGGAAAGCUCGUGGUUCCCUUCUCAAGCUCAGUCUAAGACCCUCGGCAUCUCCGAGUUUUCCUGGUUAACGUGCUUCUGCGCCUCCCUUGUGCCCAGGAGGAGUUAGAAAGUCAAAAAUUAGUACCUUGUUCUUGAGAAGAUUCUCUCUUUCUGUGUCUGCUUAAAGUACUCACUGGACAGAUCGAAGGAAGUUGCGCUGAUUUUCAAUUCUCUGGUUGGGAGGAUGCAAAAUCUCUCCUUUUCGAGCUGUUCAGACUUAUUUAGAGUUUAAACAUAAGAAUGUUAUUACUAGUGCUAUUCUUCUUAUGAGAUUUAAGUAAAAUCUAUUUCAUAUUUGGAAAUGUGGAGAGGAAAGAUAUUCCUAGCAGGUUAGGUAUUUUGAGCUAAUAAUUGUGAAAACUAGAUAUGGAAAACAAACCAGGGAGUCUAUUUUUACAAGGGAGAAAAAGUUAGACUAUGGACAAACGGAAAAACCACUUCAGAUUGUUUGCAAAUCAUAUACUGAGCUUACUAAUUUAAAAGGAGAAGUUGUUGAGUUUUAAAACAUGUUUUCAAGAUAGACUUUGUGUUCUGGAAAUUUGUCCUUAAUGGAAUUUGUAUUUCAGUGAUUUGUUGUUGCUGUGCUUUGCCUUUUUUGGGGUGAAUUGUCAGAGGUUGAAUGCCACAUGCUUUCUUAAUAUAGUUCUGUGCUUCCAAGUGUUUGACAGAAGUUGGCCAUUAAAGAUUUCAAGUCUCUUAGGAAUGUUAUUCAUAUAGCUACAUGGCAUAAAUAAUUGUAUGUUUGUGUACCUUCAAUCACCUUAACCUGUAACUGUGUGAUGCUAUCGUUACUUCAGUUUUGUUAGAAGAGAAGCAAGGUCCAUACCCCACUGUUGUGCAGACUGAGUGGCAUCUUCAUAGAUGAGCGAGUGCUGGGUGUCCCGAAGCUGUCAGCACUGAGAGGGGCAUUCCGUCACCAUGACUUGCUCUCCCCAAGAUCUAAGCUGUAGUUGCUGGCAAUUUCUUCAUACUUGGAUCAAUCUGUUAAAACUUUCAAAUGAAGGACAAAUCCUAUUAAAAGAAAGAUUAAAAUCUUUAAACCCUGCAUAUUGACAGCAUUCUAUUUUUCAAUUUUAUCCCAUGGUCUUUGUAAUUCCUAAUGAUUUUAGGGCAUUGGAAUUUUAGUGUAAUGAAAAACAUAUAGACAUCUCACUUAUUAUUUAUAUGAAUAGGAUUUAAUCUGUAUUAGACAUCUGGAAACAUUAAACAAAGAGUAUUUUAUGCUUCCUAACUAGUGCUCUUUCCUGUAACCUAGAAUUAAAAA